AUGUAUCUGGAUAACCCUAAUAUGCCACCAUCCGUUAGCUCUACCGGCGCCACCGUCUACGCCGUUAUUGGACCCCAAUUUUGUGCUCCACAUGCAGUGGAUCUAACCCUGGUGAAGAACGUAGUGAAAUUAAGCGACACUUGCUUUGAUGUCACCGAUGUCAAUAACAACCUCGUUUUCAAAGUCAAGUCCAAUGUUGUGUCCCUUCAUGACCGCAUUGUCAUCAAAGAUCCUCAGGGUAACACCAUCAUCACACUCCGACACAAGACGAUGACUCUACAUGAUCGAUGGCAAUGUUUUAGGGGUGACAGCGUGAAAGACAAAGAUCUGAUAUUCAACGUAAGACGAACCUUCUUUGUCCAACAUGUUGCCAAAUUGGAUGUGUUCUUAGCCAGUAACACCGACGAAAAAGUUUGUGAUUACAAGGUUAAAGGUAGCUUUCUUGAACGAUCAGCCACAAUUUAUGUUGGUGAGACCGACAUUAUUACCGCCGCGAUGAAAAAACAUCACACUGCUGGGAGUAUUCUCAUUGGAAAAGACAAUUUCACAAUCUCUGUGAGCCAAAACUUUGAUUAUGGGUUUGCUGUGGCGAUAAUUAUGAUUCUUUAUGAGCUCAACCAUGACGAUUAG